AUCUUCUCUUGCUUCGAUUACAAAAUUGUUUCUCCAGGUCGGGGGUAGAAGGGCCUGCUUCUGGCUCGCCGUAGGCGUUAUCACGCAUUUUGAAGCAUUGACACGGCCAUCGCGACCCACGAGGGAAGCUGGUCGAUCAUUGCUAAGUCCAUCCUGAGAAAGCAGGGAAGACAAUCACGAUGGCGGCGACAGAGAAAGACCAAGAGCUUAUUCAUAUCGCCAAGGGCCUCGACCAUAUCCCCUGGUGCGAGGACUAUGAGAGGAUGAUCUCGGGCAUGUUGUACAACUCAUUCGUACCUGAACUCGAAUCGUCCCGCUGGCGCGCGCGAAAAUGGUGUCACCGGUACAACACCGAAUUUCCUGGCCUCGAUGACCCGGAGUCGACGAUGCAACAGGCAGGGCAGACACGGUACAUGAUGCUCCAGGGGAUUCUGGGACGUGUGGGAGACGACGCGUUCAUCGAGCCGCCUUUCUACCUGGACUAUGGAUGUAAUGUACUUUUGGGUGAGAGGUUUUAUGCUGGUGUCAAUCUAGUGAUUCUCGACUGUUCCCUGGUUACGAUCGGCGACCGGGUCAUGCUGGGCCCCUUCGUAAGCAUUUUCGCCGCGACGCACGAGACUGAAGUCGCUUCGAGGAGGGAGAACAUCGAGUUCGCGCGUCGAGUCACGAUCGGGGAUGAUUGCUGGAUUGGAGGGCACACGGUCAUUUUGCCCGGCGUGACGAUCGGUAAGGGUUGUACGAUUGGGGCCGGGAGCGUGGUGAGUAGGGAUAUCCCCGAUUGGAGUGUUGCGAUGGGAAGUCCGGCAAGAGUGGUUAAGACUGUGACCGCAUUGGAAGACAUAAAGGGUGAGAGGGCGGCGUUUACCACUGUAGAACGGCAAGGUUGAAUGAUUCUGGUGCUGGGGGAUACUAGACAGUGGAAGGACGCGGAAAGAACGGGAGGUCACUGCAGAGAGAUGGCAGAGGGGAUUGUAUGCGUACUCUUGACCUCUAAUGGACAGGUUUGCCGUUGGACAGGGCAAGGAAUAUGGCAUCCAUGAGUAGUUACGUUGUCCAGCCUUCUGGAGAAGCAAGUGAAGUGCGUGAAUCAAAG